AUGAAAACAUGUGAAAAAGAAGUGCCUGUUUUAUUCGAGAAGUGUCUUGUUUUAUUCGAGAACCUCGCGAGCCGAGUUGAAGCGAGUCCCGUUCAUAGAGGUCCCGUUUUGCGAACGUGUUCAACCGAUUCAUUGAAAUGAUUCAACUCACAAGAACCGAACUUGCAUGAGAUUCGCUUAAGGAUUCAGUCAGUGUCACUUGAGCUCUCGGCAGACAUGUUCCAACAGAUGUCAUUUAAAGAGCUGGUGAAAGUGCUAGGACUGGGAGCCGUAGCUUUCGUUCUUGGUGUGGAGUGGUUUGACUGGCUGAUGCGGCGUCUGAGAGUCUCUCGCGGGCCCCUGAAAGAAGUUCUGUUCUUUCCAUCACCCCAUGUCUGUGUCGAGCACCUGUUCACGCGCCAGAGACGUUUCCCCUGUGCAUGUCCCCUCCCGCAUGGCAUUGAGACGUCCUUCUCCAGGCUCCUCGAGCAUCUCCUGUCCGCACGUACCUCACUGGACCUGUGUGUGUUCUCCUUCUCUCACAUGGAGCUGAGUAGAGGGAUUCUCCACCUGCACAAACAGGGAGUCAUCGUACGAGUCGUUACGGACAGAGACUACAUGACCAUCACUGGCUCUCAGAUCGGCAUCCUUCGUAAAGCAGGCAUCUGUGUGAGGCACGAGAUGAGCGCAGCUGUUCAUAUGCAUCAUAAGUUUGCAUUAGUGGAUGGCAAGAAACUGAUCACGGGCUCCCUCAACUGGACCCUAACCGCAGUCCAGAGCAACAAAGAAAACGUCAUGAUUACAGAGGAGCCGGCGCUCGUGCAGCCCUAUCAGCAGGAGUUUCUGAGACUGUGGGAGGCCAACGAUCCGGCCAAUCACAAACCUCAAACCAAGUUGAAACCUAGUUUUGUGAUUUCUGAUUGACUGUCUUGUUGUAUGCUUUUUUUUAUUUAAAUUUUUUUUAAAUAGCAGUUUUUAUAUUUGGUUCAAUAUGAUUAUUUAUUUAAUUUUUUUUCUCAGAUAUGUGCCCUAAUUAAAAUCUGCUCAAAUAAUCCAUAGUUCUGCUUAUAAACACCUUAGUGUGUAAAACAAGCUGAAACCUGUGAGUGUGUUUUAUAGCCAUGCUUUAGAUUGCUCAAUUCCUGAUGGCGCUCGCUUUUGUGUUCCUCUUUUGCGACUAGGAGAUUUUAGAUAAGCUUGUUUCUGUACCUAUACUGUGUGUAUCUGAAUAUCACAUAAAAUAAUAAAUAUCUGUACUGAAGGAUUUAUUAAAAGAAAUAAUAAUUUA